GGGAAUACAGAAGAAGAAAGACCAGUGAAGGGACAUACCGAAGAAGAAAGACAAGUGGAAGGAAAUACAGGGGAAGAAAGACCAGUGGAAGGAAAUAAAAAAGAAGGAAGACAAGUGGAAGGAAAAAUAGAAGAAGAGAGACCAGUGAAUAUGGAUAUCACAAAUGACAGAAGCAGAGAAACUGAGCACGUAGCAGAGAGUGACCCUGAAGAUCUAGAGGAAGGUGUAACCCUUGAGGCUAUUGAUUGCCUAGUUAAGUAUGAGAUACAAAAAUCAGAAAACAACAUACACAAGGAGUUAACAGAAUUCAGAAAACAGUAUAGUAAUAAUGCAAUUGGGGAACUAAGAGCCCACCUCGAUGAAGUAAAGAAGGAGGUUAACAGGAAUGCACAGGGUUGUGAUACUGGAUUUAAUGAUUUAACAGCAACUGUCAACUCGAUGGAAACAACCAUUUCACAAAUCGAAACAGAAAGCAAGGGCAGCAAAAGAAAGAUACAGGAAUUGGAAAAAAAAGUGACAGAUAUAGAUCGUAAAUUCAACGAUAUUACUGCUGAGAUACCAAAAAUAAUUGAAGACAUUAUCACCAGCGGUACAUUAGCUUUCAUGCCAACCAACUCAUUCGAUAUUGAUGAGUAAGUGGACGAACCGAUGACUAUCAUGUCCACUCC